AAUAAAAAAUAUGCAAGAAACCAUUCAUUGUUUCCGUGACUACUUGAAGUGCAUAAUAGAAUAGAAAAAUAAGGAGCCACAGUUAAAAAUGGCAGAUAUUGAAGUAACAAAGCUUCAGAAGCAUUUAACUUUACUUCGACAAGAGUACAUUAAAUUGCAAAGUAAAUGCGUUGAUAUUGAGAAAAAACUGUCUUUAGCAAAUGCUGCAACUGGUGAGAUUCAAGAAGAUUCAUAUAUUUCACAGCUUUUGCGUAUUUCAAACAAUUUAUUUGAGCGAGAAACAUUUAGUGAUAUAACAGUCAAGUAUGCAAAUAAAUCUGUCAGAGCUCAUAAACUUAUUUUGGCAGCACGUAGCCAAUGCUGGUGUGCAGAUCUAAAUGAUGUAGAUGAACUUUUAUUAGAUGGUGUAAGUUGUGAGGUAGGAAACAUGCUAAUCAAGUGGGUGUAUACAGAUCAUGCUGAUGUCCGUAAUGAUGAGUCUGUUAUCAUAGAGCUUGUAAAAGCUGCAAACAGAUACAAAUUAAAAGCGCUAAGAACAAGAUGUGAACAAAUGCUGAUGUCAGCUGUUUCAGUUGCUAAUUGCAUUCGAUUUUAUCAAACAGCUGAAGAUAUUGGGGCAGAAUCAUUACGUACAUACUGUGGUGAAAUUAUUGCUACUCAUUGGGAUGAUUUAGAGACAAAAGACUUUCUUGGAAUGAGUGCGCCAUUAUUGUAUGAAAUGUUCAAAACUAAAUCUAAUUUUCCAUUACAUUUUGCUGUCCGUCAUCACAGAGAAGAUGUUGUUUUUUUAUAUUUAAUUGAGCACAAUUUGCAAAUUCCUGCUAAGUUAAACGAAAUAGAGCCUCACUCAGGUUUAUUACCACUUCAAAUUGCUUUAAAAGAACGACAAGAAAGUAUCGCUAAAACAUUAGUGUUACAUAAUUGUGAUGUAAACAUGGCAAAUAACAAUGGUGAGACACUUUUGCAUCAGUUUAUACGUGAAGGUGAUACCUAUGCUUCAAUAUUUCUUAUUGAAAAUGGUGCUGAUGUAAAAGCAUCAACGAAACAUCUGGGAGAGACUCCUCUUCACUUAGCUGCUUCUUAUAAAUAUUAUCCUUCAAAAAAUAAUAAUGCAUCUGAAGCUAUGGGCUUAGUAGCCAAACACCUUUUGGAUUAUGGCUCAAACAUUAAUGCACUUGACAGUGAAGGAAGGACUGCAUUGCAUGUUGCUGUUGCUGCUUCAAAUAAAGAUGUUUUUAAUGUUUUGUUAGCAGCCAAAACGAUUAAUUUAGAGUCACGAGAUAAUAAUGGUAAUGUUGUACUGUGGACAGCUUUACUAUCUUACAAAGAAUCUUUAGAUAGUAAUGAUAAAACAUCUUAUGCCUCUAUGUUAAUAAAAAAUGGAAGUAAUCCAAAUGCUGUAAAUCCUUUAACUGGUGAUUCUUUAUUACAUCUUGCAGCAACAUUUAAAAAUGAACAUGCUGGGCUGUUUUUAAUUGAUCAUGGUGCUCACUUAAAUCAUACGAAUAAACUUGGUGAAAGUCCUUUACAUAUUGCUUCACGUAAUGGUUUGUUGCUGUUAGUUGAAAAGCUUCUUAAGAGUGGUGCUAACCCAAACUAUACUACUACUGCCACAGACGCUUUGAAAGCAAAGGAAGCUGCUAGAAAAAUUGAGUUCCAGCUGAUGUGUGAUGAAUCAAGACGUAGAAUAAUUAUGCUCGAAAAGUCAAAAGCCAUGAAGAGAGUAAAAGAGAUCAGAGAGUUGCUCCAAGAAGAAGAGAAGUUAAAGUUGCAGAAAAAAAAGAGUGAAAUCAAAAGUUAUCAACCUGAAAGUACAAAUCCGUUUUCAGAAGAUGAUAAUUCUAAUGCAUAUGAUGGCAAUCCUUUUUUGGAUCAAGACGAAGAAGAGGGUUUGCAAUUAAAUCAGUUAGAUAGAGAGAGUUCCUUCUUAAAUGAAAUGCAAGCAGCUAGUUCAGCUGCAAUGGCAUUGACAUCAUCAUCAAUGUUUGGAUAUCAGAAUGUUAACAAAGGAGGUUUGCGUGUCAAACAAUCAAAGAGAUUAAUAACAAGUUUUGAUGGGCGAAUCGAUGUGCAACUAAUUCAAUCACCCACUGAUGUUGAAAAGUUUGAUUUUGAUGCAAUGCAAAUUACUCAGCUUGAUAUUGAAGAUGGCCUACAACAAGAUGUAAUUACUGAUUGUUGGAACUGUACCCCUCUGCAUUUUGCUGUGAUAGAAAAGCAAGAAGAGAUUGUGAAAUGUUUUAUUAAGUAUUCAGAAAAUGCCUCUUUGAGUGGUGGACGACUUCCAAUUGUACCUGACUUUAACGUUUUGGACAGUGCAGGUCAAACUCCACUCUUGAUUGCACUCUUGACUAAACAAUACAAAAUUGGGAAGUUGCUAGUUAAUAUGGAUGUUGAUCUAAAUAUUUGUGGAGAAGAUCAUCAAACACUUUUGCACAAAAUGAUAAUGCACAGAAAUGUUGAAGCAUGUUUAUUUUUGCUAGAAAAUGGUGCAGAUGUCAACAAACGAAGCAAAGAAAACAUGUCACCAUUGCAAAUGGCAAUUCAUUUGAGGCUAACACCUGUUGUGGAAGCUUUAUGCAUAAGAGGUGCAGAUGUAAAUAGCAGUGAUGAAGAUGGAAAUACAGCACUGUGGGUAGCAUUAAAAAGUCACCAGUUAGAUAUUGCUUCAUCCUUGGUUAAACAUGGUGCUGAUACUGACUUUUGGAGUACUGGUAUUAAUAAUUGUGUUUGGACAUUACUUCAUCGAGCUAUAUUUGAGAGGGAUGAAGAAACAGCAUGCUUUUUAAUUCGUAACAAGUGUGAUUUACAUAGUCCACGAAGACCAGGCUUAGAUGGUGGCAGUGCCAGUGAAGGUAUUGAUGGGCUCACACCAUUGCAUUUGGCUUGUGCAUCAUCUCAGGAUAAAGUGGUUCAAUGUUUAAUAGAACAUAAUGCUGAUAUCAAUAUGCAGGAUGCUGAUGGUCGAGCACCAAUACAUAUCGCAAUAGCUGCUAAGAAUCCAAUUAUAACUCGUAUACUUCUUAGUCAUCCAGACAUGAACUUUUACAUUAAAGAUACUCAGGGGCAGACACCUUUUAUCGUUGCAAUGAACUGCAGAGAUAAUGAUGCUUCUACGGCUAUUUUAGCUAGAGAACCAUAUGCAGCUGAACAGUUUGACAACAAGGGUCGCAACUAUCUUCACAAAGCAAUUAUGAAUAAAGAUGUAGAUGUUAUUCUCUUUUUAAUAAGUAUUGAAGUCAAUGUUAAUUCUGUAAUAAUGGAUGGGUCACAGAGAACACCUCUACAUUUAGCUGUUCCAACUGGAAAUGAAAUUGUUGUUAGACAUCUGAUUCUUGCAGGAGCUGAUGUCAAUGCUGUUGAUAAAAAUCGUCAAACACCAUUACAUUGUGCUGCUAUUGAAGAUAAGCCUUCAAUUAUAUCGGUUCUAUUGCAGAAUGGUUCUAAUCCAGACCUUGUCGAUAUUAGUUUAAACAAUGCCCUGCAUUUAGCAUGUCAGCAUGGAAAUUUAGCAUCAGUUCGAACAUUAUUAACAGAAUCAAGUAUUAAUGCAGAAGUUUACAAUAUUCGGUCACAAAACUCUCUUCAUGUUUUGGCAGCUCAUAGUAGUGAUAAUGCUGCAGCCAUUUUUGAUUUAUUUCGUCAGACAAUGCCAAACUAUCCUUUUGAUGCCUUAGAUGGAGAAGAAAACACUGCUUUAUUUAUUGCUUAUUCAAAUGGUGCAGUUGGUUUGUGUUGUGCUUUGUUAAAAGCAGGGGCAAGAUUAGCCACAAUGAAUAAACAUGGUGUUUCUGUGUUUAAUGCUCCUGUUGCUACUAAAAAGUUGCUUUUUAAACUGUUAGAUUUACUAAAUGCGGAACCAUCAUGGUCAGAUGGGCCAAAUUGUCAUGAAUGCGGGGACAAGUUCGGAAUCACUACAAGAAAGCAUCAUUGCCGUCAUUGCGGUCGUUUACUCUGUAGCAAAUGUACAACAAAACAAAUGCCGAUCCUCAAGUACGAUCUCACAAAACCUGUUCGUGUUUGUGAAGUGUGCUUUCAGUUUCUCACGACUUGAUAGUUUAUUGCUUUGAAAAUGAAAACUUCGAUUUCAAAGUUAAUUAGAUUGCCAGGUUUGAGGUCAGGAUCUAAUCAAAUUUGCUUUAUUUAAAUUAAAUAUAAAGCGGAAAUACCAAAAUAUAGUAAUAACAAUGCGAAAUAUAAAUAUAGUGUAGAAUCGUUUCUAGUAAAUAUCAAAUUUAAUUUUUUUAAAUAUUUAAAAAGGUGUAUACUUUUUUGUUUUUUAGCGUUUUAAUUUUUUUAUAAAUCGAACAAUAGAAAUUUUCGUGCUUCA